CAUCACCAGACUUCUGCUCAAACUUUGCAAACGCAAAAUAGGGUUUUUGGCCACAAAACACUGCGAACUCCUCUCGAGCAAGCACUGAGAUACUAUUGAUUUGGAAUAUUUUCAAGUGUCAUAUCUCAUUGUUUUUCGCGGCGCCCAUUACAAUAUCAUCUCCAAAUUCCAAAGUUUCCGCUCCGCCAUCUGGCUCAGUUGAAGCUAUCUCUGAAAAAAAGUUCCGUUGCUCCGACGGAGUCAAUUGUGCUCGACGUCCUCCGGAUGCGUUUUCUAUGACUAGCAUUGUAUAAUGAGCGUACCUGUAGAGGAGCAUUCUUUGAGUGCGCGGAGGCGUCCCUCGCGAGCAUCUAAUGCGGACCCCUUUUCCGAGCCCGAUAUAUAUUACGGUCACGAGGAGCAUCUAAAACGACAAGCGCAGGCUCAUCGAAGGACUUUGUCAUCUAAUUUGAAACGAUUCGACUUUACUGAUCUCCGUGACUUUAUCGGCAUUGUUCCAUCUAGGCGCACAAGUCAUGAUGAACGAGUGCACAGCCGUAAAUUCCUCAUCGAUGUCGAUGCAACGCUGGAGACAUUGUUGGAGCGCGAAGAUACAGAUAACAACGUACAAAUAACCAUAGAUGACCAGGGGCCAAAGGUCUUUGCUGUAGGCACCGCGGCAUCGUCUGGCUACAAUCGAUUCGAUUUACGAGGCACGUAUAUGCUUUCGAAUCUCCUUCAGGAACUCACCCUCGCAAAGGAUUAUGGGCGUAAACAUAUUAUACUUGAUGAGCAACGCCUGAAUGAGAAUCCUGUUGCAAGACUCUCACGUCUUGUGAAAAAGUCCUACUGGAACGCACUUACGCGACGAAUCGAUGGCUCCAAUAUUGCGGUUGUUGCAAGGGAUCCUAAAGAUUGGACUGCGGGCCCAGUUCCCCGUAUAUAUGUCCCUCCGGGAGCGCCCGAACAGUAUGCAUAUUAUAAGCAAAUUGCUGACUCCGAACCGGAAUUACGCCUCGAUGUUCAGUAUCUCCCGGAAGGAGAGCCUACUGCUGAGUACGUUAAGGAACUGAAUGAUAAACCUGGACUGCUCGCUUUGGCUAUGGAGGAAUAUACCAACACAGAUACCGGGAUGGAGGACCUGAGAGGUGUUCCUUUCGUCGUGCCUGGUGGCCGUUUUAAUGAGUUCUAUGGCUGGGAUAGCUAUAUGGAAUCCUUGGGGCUGUUAGUGAGUGAUCGAGUGGACCUUGCGAAGAGCAUGGUCGUGAAUUUCUGUUUCUGCAUUAAACAUUAUGGGAAGAUCCUCAACGCCAACCGAUCAUAUUAUCUCUGUCGCUCCCAACCGCCAUUCCUGACUGAUAUGGCUCUUCGAGUUUAUGACCGCAUCAAAGCGGAGCCGGAUGCCAAGGAUUUCCUUCGCACGGCAAUUUUGUCUGCCAUUAAAGAGUACUAUUCAGUAUGGAUGGCUGAACCAAGAUAUGAUCCGGCUACAGGGCUGUCCAGGUACCGGCCAAAUGGGCUUGGAGUCCCUCCUGAAACGGAAUCGUCUCAUUUCUAUCAUCUAUUGAUGCCGCGUGCAGAGAAGCUGGGAAUAACUUUCGAGAAAUUUGUCGAGGGCUACAACAAUGGAGAGAUCAUAGAUCCCGAAUUAGACGAAUAUUUUCUCCACGACCGCGCUGUAAGAGAAUCCGGGCACGACACCAGCUACCGCCUUGAGAAGGUCUGCGCAAAUCUCGCUACCGUCGAUCUGAACUCCCUCCUUUAUAAAUAUGAAGUCGACAUCGCCAUAACGAUCCGGGAUCACUUCCAAGACAAACUGCCUAUUCCAGCUGAGUUCAGGACGUCACAGAACGCCGACCAGGGAUUCGAGUCAUCGGCUGUGUGGGAUCGUCGAGCCAGACGCAGGAAAGCGGCGAUAGAUAAGUAUUUAUGGGAUGAAGCGAAGGGGAUGUAUUUUGACUACAACACAGUGGAGCAGGAGAUAACGGACUAUGAGAGUGCCACCACGUUUUGGACCAUGUGGGCCGGGGUUGCAAAUCCUCGCCAAGCCUCAAGGCUAGUCACUGAAGCACUCCCGAAAUUCGAGGUAUAUGGGGGCCUAGUGUCGGGAACUGAGAAGUCCAGGGGCCCAAUUGGCCUCGACAGGCCCAACCGACAGUGGGACUAUCCGUACGGGUGGGCGCCACAGCAGAUGCUGGCGUGGUCAGGGUUGAUUCGUUAUGGAUACCAGGAAGACGCGGAGAGGCUAGCAUACAAAUGGCUCUACAUGAUCAUAAAGGCGUUUGUGGAUUUCAACGGCGCUGUUGUGGAAAAGUAUGAUGUCACGCGGCCCAUUGAUCCCCAUAAGGUUGAAGCUGAGUAUGGGAAUCAAGGCAGAGAUUUUAAGGGAGUGUCGCGAGAAGGAUUUGGUUGGGUUAAUGCAAGUUUCGUGUAUGGUCUUGAAUUCCUCAAUGCUCAUAUGAGACGUGCGCUGGGCGCAUGCACUCCUUACGAGACCUUCAGCAAAGCCACAGCAGUACGAUAUUAGCUGCAUUGUCCAACCUUACUUCCAAUUCGAUUUUCUGUCUAAAUAUGUAUUGUUGGAAGAAUCUUGCCCCUUCGGAUGGCCACCCCCAAACGUUCCAUACCCGCAUUUAGGGGGUUAGAUAUACUGUAAAAUUGGCAUGAUUCAGCUACACACGAACUCAUGAUUCUUCUACAAGUGACUAUUAUCCUAUUUCAUAAAUAAAAUAAAAUAAAAUAAAAUUUGGUAAAAUAUGUUUUUGACUUCCUGUAAUUAAUUAGCUGUCGUACAAUCGAGCCUGAGAUUCAUGUGCCUUUCCAGAAUGACCCACCUCAAGUUUACACCCUGGUCAUAAAAGUGAACUAUUAGAGUGACUUGAGCAUGAUGAUUCAAUUCAAGACGUAUUUCAUGCAGCGUCAGAGCGAAUACCAUGAAAACGAAAGUGAGCAAGACUGAUGCUUGUUAUUACGCAACUGGGCCAAGACGGUCAAAAGCCAGUAUAGUAUGCCCGAACCAAUCCUCUGUGCACACGACAUUCUUCCGGAGCCGAUAGACGUACAACUUGAAGUAGAGUGGUAGCGGCGGAGAGACAGACGGGGAAGAUUCAACAUCGAAUCUCCGGCCAUUUCACUUUUUGUUAGAGCCAGCAGCAAGGGAGCUAAGGGUUAGGGUCCAGCCAAAUCUCCGCCCUCCCUCAGCCUUCAUUCAGUCUUCAGGGUAGCUCGGGACAAGACAGCACACAAGGGUAGAAAUAUUGGGAACUCCUGUGUGUUGGUAAUUGAUGAGUUCCAGAAAUCGCAGUUGAUGUCUAUCAUGAGGGUUGUUAUUUUGCACUCCUCUUGGUCAACUCAGCAUAGAGUCCUGCCCGCGUGCUCCUGGCAGGUGAUGCAAAGUGACCACAAUUGUUAGUGGUCUAUGAUGAUGAUGAUGAUGAUGAUGAUCGUGCCAGGACAGUCAACCACGAAUGUAAAACGCCGGUUGGGGAUUUUCCACUUCUCAAGAAACCGGGCCGGGGUAGCAACAGCUUACUGAGUGAGUAUGCGCCCUGAGAUGAACUGAUAUAAUAAUCCCGGCUCCGUUUCUUU